AUGCGGAUGACCUGUUUGCCUUUACCUGAUUUUGUUAUUAGAAAGUUGGAUAGCCUGUGCAGGUCUUACAUUUGGUCUGGAAAAGCUACAAUUUCUAAGAAAAGCCCGGUGGCUUGGAAGAGAGUUUGCUGUCCAGUCAAGCAAGGUGGGCUCAAUGUGAUAAAUCUGAGCGUUUGGAACCAAGUGGCUUUGCUCAAAUGCUUAUGGAAUAUUGGCAUGGAGUUAGACAAUCUCUGGGUGAAGUGGAUACACACGUACUACUUAAAAGGUAGGGAUUUUCUGGCUGAGAAUCAGGGUAACAACUGUACCUGGAUUCUUAAACAUAUCCUGUCAAGUAAGGCUGACAUAGGUAGAAUCGAUAACUGUGGGAAUAGCAUGAGGAACCAGAGGCAGUUUAGUAUGAUGAAGAUCUAUAAUAUCUUGAUUGAGGAUAAUGUGAGAGUUGAAUGGUACCAUAUGAUGACACAUAACUUUACUAGACUAAGAGCAAAGGUGAUACUUUGGUUAAUAUGCCAGAACCGGCUGUUUACCAAAACAAAGAUGGCGAAAAUGGGCAUGCUGCAGAAUACGUUAUGCGGCUUGUGUAAAGAGGACAAUGAAGAUCUUGACCAUCUCUUGUUCAAGUGUAAGAGUACUUUCGUCAUUUGGCAAGGGAUUUUCAAAUGGAUGGAUAUGAAGCUAGAAAGCAACCUUGAUAUGGCUUGGAUUAAAAGGAAAUCCAAAGGUAAAGGCUGGCCUAAUAUACUUCUAAAAGCUGCUGCUACUGAAGUUUUCUAUGGCAUUUGGAUGUAUAGGAAUUCUAUGAUAUUUGGUAGUAAAGGGUCCUAUAGGGAUACUCAUAGUGUUAUUAGAUCUAUUAUAGAUUCUUUAGUCUAUAGAGGGUGGAUGAAACCCAAGUAUAGAAAUCAUUUAGUUAAUAUACUCAUGUAA